CAGGCGCAGUGUCGGCUGCCGGUGCUGCGGCCUUUGUCUCGCAGUCAGGAGGAGCAGGGCCAGCCGUUCCUGCCAGAAGCCAGGGCAUGACCCCUGGGCUGCGCGUCUCCACAGACCCGGAGCAAGUGACCUUUGAGGACGUGGUAGUGGAAUUCAGCCAGGAGGAGUGGGGGCAGCUGAAGCCUGCCCAGAGGACCCUGUACCGUGAUGUAAUGCUAGACACCUUCAGGCUUCUGGUCUCUGUGGCACAUUGGUUACUGAAGCUGAAUGUCAUCUCCCUGCUGGAGCAAGAGGCAGAGCUGCAGGCGGUGGACUCUGGACUUCCCCAAGGCGUGUACCCAGACUUGGAAACUAGACCCAAAGUCAAACUGUCGGUUCUAAAGCAAGGCAUCUCUGAAGAAAUAUCCAACAAUGUCAUCUUGGUAGAAAGAUUCCUGUGGGAUGGUCUGUGGUACUGCAGGGGUGAGGACACUGAGGGCCACUGGGAAUGGAGUUGUGAGAGCCUAGAGAGCCUGGCAGCACCGGUGGCCUUCACGCCUGUGAAGACGCCUGUUCAGGAGCAGUGGCAGAGGAAUGGGUUUGGGGAAAAUGUAAGUCUGAACCCUGAUCUCCCACAUCAACCAAUGACUCCUCAAAGACAAGGCCCCCACAUGUGGGGAACAAGUGGAAAAAGGGAGAAGCCAGACCCAAAUGCUCUACAGAAAACCUGUGUGAAAGAGAAACCCUACAAAUGUCAGGAAUGCGGAAAGGCCUUUAGUCACAGCUCAGCACUUAUCGAACACCACCGGACGCACACAGGAGAGAGACCUUACGAAUGUCACGAAUGUGGAAAAGGCUUCCGGAACAGCUCGGCACUUACCAAACACCAGAGAAUCCACACUGGGGAGAAACCCUAUAAAUGCACUCAGUGUGGGAGGACCUUCAACCAAAUUGCCCCACUGAUCCAGCACCAGAGAACUCACACAGGCGAGAAGCCCUAUGAGUGCAGUGAAUGUGGGAAAUCCUUCAGCUUUAGGUCCUCCUUCAGCCAGCACGAGCGAACUCACACAGGCGAGAAGCCCUACGAGUGCAGUGAGUGCGGGAAAGCCUUCCGGCAAAGCAUCCACCUCACCCAGCAUCUGCGAAUCCACACUGGGGAGAAACCCUAUCAGUGUGGUGAGUGUGGCAAGGCCUUCAGCCACAGCUCGUCCUUGACCAAACACCAGCGAAUCCACACAGGGGAGAAGCCCUACGAGUGCCAUGAGUGUGGAAAAGCCUUCACCCAGAUCACACCACUGAUUCAGCACCAGAGGACCCACACAGGAGAAAAGCCCUAUGAGUGCAGUGAGUGUGGGAAAGCUUUCAGUCAGAGCACACUCCUGACCGAGCAUCGGAGGAUUCACACGGGAGAGAAGCCCUAUGGAUGCAACGAGUGUGGGAAAACCUUCAGCCACAGCUCCUCACUCAGCCAGCAUGAGCGGACACACACAGGAGAGAAGCCCUAUGAGUGCAGUCAGUGUGGGAAGGCCUUCCGGCAGAGCACGCACCUCACCCAACACCAGCGAAUACACACAGGGGAGAAGCCCUAUGAAUGCAAUGACUGCGGCAAGGCGUUCAGCCACAGCUCGUCCCUCACCAAACAUCAGCGAAUCCACACUGGGGAGAAGCCCUACGAAUGCAACCAGUGUGGCAGAGCCUUCAGCCAGCUUGCUCCCCUCAUUCAGCAUCAGAGGAUCCACACAGGAGAGAAACCCUAUGAAUGUAACCAGUGUGGCAGAGCCUUCAGCCAGAGCUCCCUUCUCAUCGAACACCAGAGGAUUCACACCAAGGAAAAGCCCUAUGGGUGCAAUGAGUGUGGGAAAUCCUUCAGCCACAGCUCCUCGCUCAGCCAGCACGAAAGGACGCACACUGGGGAAAAGCCCUAUGAGUGUCACGAUUGCGGAAAGUCCUUUAGACAGAGCACCCACCUCACUCAGCACCGGAGGAUCCACACAGGAGAGAAGCCAUAUGCAUGCAGGGACUGUGGAAAGGCCUUUACACACAGCUCCUCCCUUACCAAGCACCAGAGAACUCACACUGGAUAAACCCACUCCACAUGUGCUGGGGACAU